ACAGAAACACACAGUGGAUACUCAGUAGUUCGCCUCCCUGCAGCUGCUGCACCAGAACCACCUCAGGCCCGAUUCAACAGAACCUUCUGCUGUUGAGAAUCCAAACAGGUUCUGGAAGUUCAGAAAAUUGACUUUUAUUUUGAAACCACUUCCUUCCUGUGGUCAGGAAAUAAACUUCAGCGCUCCUCUUCCUCAUCUGAGGAAGGAUGAAGCUUCUUCUGUCUGCCUGCAGCUGGACCAGAACCAGGACCAGGUUCUGGUUCCAACUGGUUUCAACUUUCUGGGAGGAGGAAGUGAUGCGGUGGUGACUUCCUGCCUGUGCAGCCAAUCAGCUGAUCUUCAUUGGCACACAGACAGGAAGUGACAUCAUGCAAAUCAGCUGGUCUGUCCAGGUCUACUUCCUGGGGCUGAGGUUCUGAUCCGGUCAAAGUUCUGCUGGCCGAGGCCCGGUUCUGCAUUCGGAACCAGCCUGACCCGGGAGUCACUUCAGAACCCCAAGGUCCGACCGAACCGGUACAUGGAGCAGGAGGAACAAUCCGGGUCAGAACCGUGACAACCGAACCGGGUCAGAAAAAUCCUGAUUCCUGAGGUCUUCAUUGUUCAAAAGUUCUGAAAAGUUCUGACUGCUGGAUCCAUCCAUCCUCUGGUCCUGCUGCUGUGUUCCUGGUUCUGCCCAGCAGGGGGAGCUCUUCCCCCCAUGGAGGUCAGGGCAGCUGCUGCUGAUCCGCCCUUCCGGAGUCACCGACUGCCCUCCCUCUCUCCCUCUCUCUCCCUCCCUCUCUCUCGCCUCCUCCCUUCGGUCAGUCCAGCAGCGUUUCCUCCUCCAGCAGCAGCUCCUCCAUCUGCUCCCUGUUCUGUGGCCGUGUCCGGACCGUACUGCUGUGGAGCCCUGGUGUCUGACAGGUGAACUCACCUGAGAAAGACGGAAGUUUUCUGCAGGAUCUUCUCUGGAUACUUUGUCAGUUUUUCUGUUGAUCACGAUGAAAAGAGCCGAGAGCAGCUCAGGUAGGAGCAGGUGUUCAGCGCGUUGGCUCGUUGUGGAACCGGGCGGUACGGAGCCAAACGACACCCGCCUGGACCGAGGCAGGGAGGAUUUCCUGGCUCAGCCUGGGAAUGUUCAUGAGUUCAGACGGGUUCAAAUUGAACCCGUUCAUGUUCACUGUUCACCAACAACAAUGGAUGUUCUGUUGGGUCGUUGGCUCCAUUGGGUCUUUGAUUUCAUUGGGUCGGUGGUUCUGGUGGGUCAACUCUGGGUUGACCCAACAUCGUUGGUCACAGUGUUUUGUUCUCUGCAGGUUCUGAUUGACCCAAUCUGAACCAAGACGACCCACUACGCAGAAAUGUUCUGGAGGAAGGAGGCCGGGACUCUUCUGAUGGUUCUGCUGGUUCUGUUGGACCCGUCCGCCGGACGUGAGCCUCGGCGGCCUGGGUUGAGGCGGCGCCACGCCAGGGACCAGGAGAGCCGGCGCCCGUGGCAGAAUAUCACGCUGGCGGUGAUCCUCCCUCAGAACGCCAGGUACCCCUGGGCCUGGCCUCGGGUUGGACCCGCCGUGGAGCGGGCCGUCAGAACCGUCAACUCUGACCCGACCCUGCUGCCCUACCACCGCCUCAGCUAUGUGUUCAACAGCAGCGAGGACAGGAACGGGAUCUGCUCCGAAUCGGUGGCGUCGCUGGCGGCGGUGGACCUGAAGCUGGCCCAAGACCCGUGGGCGUUCAUCGGCCCCGGCUGCUCCUACGCCGCCGCGCCGGUCGGCCUGUUCACCGCCCACUGGGACGUGCCCAUGAUCACGGCGGGAGCCACAGCCGUGGCGUUCUACAACGGCGUCUACCCCUCCAUCACCAACACGGGCCCCACCCACAAGAAGCUGGGCCGGUUCGGCCUGCGGGUCUGCCUGGAGUCCGAGUGGAGGGAACACGUGGCGCUGGUGUUCAGCGACCACAAGUACGACGACCGGCCGUGCUACUUCGCCAUCGAGGGUCUGUACGAGGAGCUGAAGGCGUUCAACAUCAGCACCCAUCACAGCGUGUUCGAGGAGAAGGAGAUCGACUUCGCGCAGAUCCUCGCCGACAUCCAGAACAGCGGCCGCGUGAUGUUCGUCUGCUGCUCUGCUGACGUCUUCAGGAAGCUGCUGGUCCACUUCUGGCGGGCCGACCUUCCUCACCACGAGUACGUCUUCCUCUUCAUCGACCUGUUCGCCGACAGCCUGAGCUCCGGAGGCCGGUCGCCGUGGGAACGAGGCGACGAAGACGAUGCCGCAGCCAAGGAGGCCUUCCAGGUUGUGAAGUUUCUGACCUAUCAGGAGCCUCAGAGCUCCGCCUACCAACAGUUUGUCUCCAACCUCAAGAUGGACGCCAGGAACUGGUUUAACUACAGCAUGGACGACUCUCUGAUGAACAUCAUCGCCGCAGGGUUUUAUGACGGCCUCAUGAUUUACGCCAGCGCUCUGAAUGAAACUAUGGCGGCUUCAGGAACCAGACCGCCAGGGAGAAACAUCACCGCCAAGAUGUGGAACCGAACCUUUACUGGUGUGGCAGGUCCGGUCCAGUUGGACGUGAACGGGGACCGGGAGAUGGACUACGCUCUGUGGGACUGGGACUCCAACCGCAGCGCCUACCGGGUGGUUCUGACCUACCGCAGCUCAGAGCAGAACUUGACCAAGGUACCUGGGUCGGCCCGGUUCUGGUUGGGUGGAACCAGGCCUCUGGACGUUCCCUUCUGCGGCCUGAAGAACGACAACCCAAAGUGCCUCACAAGAACCAUCACCGUCCACCAGAUGGCUUCCAUCCUGGUCUGCUUCCUCAUCACCAUGACGACCACUGUCGCCAUCUUCAUCUACAGGAGGCUGAGGCUGGAGCGGGAGCUGGUGGCUCAGCUAUGGCGAAUCUCGUGGGAAGAUCUGCACAUGAGCAGCAUGGAGAAGGUUCUGCGGAGCGGCAGCCGGGUCACCCUGUCGCUGAGAGGCUCCAACUACGGAUCCUUGAUGACCGGAGACGGAAACCUGCAGGUGUUCGCCAAGACUGGCUACUGCAAGGGGAACAUCGUGGCCAUCAAAUACUCCAACAGGAAGCGGAUUGAGCUGAACAGGAAGGUUCUGUUUGAACUCAAACACAUGAGAGACGUCCAGAAUGAACACCUGACCCGGUUCAUCGGGGCGUGCAUCGACCCGCCGAACAUCUGCAUCGUCACCGAGUACUGUCCCCGAGGCAGCCUGCAGGACAUCCUGGAGAACGACAGCAUCACCCUGGACUGGAUGUUCAAGUAUUCGCUCAUCAACGACAUUGUGAAGGGAAUGGUUUUCCUUCACAACAGUGUCAUCGUCUCUCACGGUAAACUCAAAUCGUCUAACUGCGUGGUGGACAAGCGCUUUGUCCUCAAGAUCACCGAUUAUGGCCUGACCAGCUUCCGAUCCGACCCGGACUGCGGCAGCGACGCUCACGCCUACUACGCCCAGAAGCUGUGGGUGGCUCCAGAGCUGCUCCGGAUGGAAUCUCCGCCUCCUCAGGGGACGCAGAAAGGAGACGUGUACAGCUUUGGGAUCAUCCUGCAGGAGGUGGCGCUGCGCCGAGGAGCCUUCUACCUUGAGGGGGCGCUGCUGAGUCCCAAAGAGAUCGUGGACCGGGUGAUUUUGGGCGAGUGGCCCUGCCUGCGGCCCACUGUGGACACGGAGGACCACCGAGAGAGUCCAAGUCCCAACGAGUCCAAACCCGAGGUGGGCCAGCUGAUGCAGCGCUGCUGGGCCGAGGAGUCGACUGAGAGACCAGACUUCAACCACAUCCGCCUGCUGCUGCGCAAGCACGGCACAGAGUCCAGGAACAACAUCCUGGACAACCUGCUGUCCCGCAUGGAGCAAUACGCCAACAAUCUGGAGGAGCUGGUGGAGGAGCGCACCCAGGCCUACCAUGAGGAGAAACGCAAGGCCGAGGCCCUGCUCUACCAGAUACUGCCACACUCGGUGGCAGAGCAACUGAAGCGCGGAGAGACGGUUCAAGCUGAAGCCUUCGACUCGGUCACAAUCUACUUCAGUGACAUCGUUGGUUUCACCGCCCUGUCUGCAGAAAGCUCCCCCAUGGAGGUCGUGACUCUCCUCAAUGACCUGUACACCUGCUUUGAUGCCAUCAUUGACAACUUUGAUGUUUAUAAGGUGGAGACCAUCGGUGACGCCUACAUGGUGGUCUCCGGGCUGCCGGUGAGAAACGGGAAGCGGCACGGCAGGGAGAUCGCCCGCAUGGCGCUUGCCCUGCUGGCUGCCGUCCGAACCUUCAGGAUCCGCCACCGGCCGGAGCGGCAGCUGGAGCUGAGGAUCGGGAUUCACAGUGGUCCGGUGUGUGCCGGAGUGGUGGGUCUGAAGAUGCCACGGUACUGCCUGUUCGGGGACACAGUCAACACAUCUUCACGGAUGGAGUCCACUGGGGAAGCGCUGAAGAUUCACGUGUCUGCGGCGACCCGCGACGUCCUGAUGGAGUUCAACUGCUUCCAGCUGGAGCGCCGAGGGUCCGUCGACGUCAAGGGGAAGGGAACCAUGACCACCUAUUGGCUGCUGGGGGAGAGCAGCAGCCAAUGAGGACACAGCGGUGACGAAGGGGGCGCAGGAUGGUUGUUUCCUGCCGAUGGAGGAUCGUUCUGGUACUGGUUCUGGUCAGAUCCAGAACUUUAGGAGGAGAAACAUCAUCCGAAGGAGGAAAACAGACCGAAUCAGGACCUUUCUGCAGAGCCUGAUCAGGAAUCCACACUUCUCUGGCCCGGUUCCGUCUCCUGACCCGGUUUCUCGUUCCAGCAGCAGAUGAUCUUCCUGCUCUCCAUCAGAACGGAGACUCUGCUGGUUCUGAUGACUCAGUGUUUCACGACGGUGGAGCUCUCUGCCGCCUCCCGGUGGCCGCACGACAGAAAUAACUUGGGGACAGGUGGCCACUGGGGGCAGCAGAGAGCUGGGAUGGACCGGUUCUGUUCAGGCUUUUAGAACCCAUCUGUGUCUCCAUGUAGAACCAGCUACAGAACCAGACCAAAACCUGCUUGGCAGUUAUUCUCCAAAUACUGGAUGCGUUUCAGACGGGUUCUGACCCAGCAGGUCCGAAAGGUUCCUGCUGCGGUUCCACCUGUUUCAGGAAGUUUAGAAUAAAUUGUGAAAAAAAGAAUAAAAACAUGAAGAAAAUAUUAAAAUAGAUCAAAUAAAUUCUUGCGUUGGACUGCAUCGAUCCGGUCCUGUUUGGACCUCCAUAGCCGAGUCAUCCGGUCCAUCAGAACCACCACUCAGAGUCUAACUGGGUCACAGGAGGCUGGACUUUCCACGAUCCAAUUUUCAUCUCAGUACCUUUUCUGGUUUUUCCACAAUCCAAGAGACUGGAACCGAGUCAGAGAACCUGGUUCCCAACAGAACCAGUAGAACCGGGUCAGUGAGGAGAAGCUGCUUCUGAUUGAAGGAGGAU